UGGCAUUGUAAGUUAAAUUUCAUCUUCAGGUGACUGAUGUGACUUUGUUUUUUUUCCAAUUUUCAUCACAGUUUCACCCGAUCAAUUUUCAACCGGAUUUUCGGAACUGCUAAGGAAUUACCUGCUCCAGUUAUGGAACCACCUGUUAACCGUGAUGAACCAAUCCUGAAAGUUCUGCGAUUGGAAAUCAAGCAGAACAAUGAAAAUCAAUUAUUUAGGAUUCCUCAAGGUUCUGUGAUCAAAGUUUGCCUGGGGCCCAGUUUAUUAGGUGUUCGCGCCAGAUUUUACUGUGAUUAUCCUGAAGACAAGUUCGUCCGAGGAAAAUUCCGUCACCACAAAUGGACAGAAAAAGACUCUGGCUUAUAUUUGAAAUUAACCCUGCCAGGAACUUUCAAAUACUUUUUGGACAGUGAAGACGAUGAAGAAGCUCGCAUCAAUUGUUCUGGUUAUUUUUUGGUGCAACCUCGUCUUGUAGUGGGCUCUGAAGAUGGACAGGUAGUGGCUCUCGAUUCGAUCGCCUGCCAAACGUAUCUGAGCAAACUUCUUGGAACUUUUGACACCUGGCAAGGAAGACUUUCAGUCACGAAAAACUGUGGUUAUAAUAUGAUUCAUUUUUCACCCAUUCAAGCUCUUGGAGGGUCACAAUCAUGCUACUGCAUCAAGGAUCAACUCGUCUUGAAUCCAAAGUUCAGCCACAAUCAGCAUAGCCCUGAAUAUAGUUUUGACGAUGUGGGUCAUCUUGUUGAAUUUAUGAGAAAAGAAUGGUCAAUUUUAUCAAUAACUGAUAUUGUGUUAAAUCAUACAGCUAAUGAAAGUGAAUGGAUUUUCGAACAUCCAGAAAGUUGUUACAAUUUGAAAAAUUCACCGCAUUUGAGACCAGCCUAUUUGUUAGAUAGAAUGCUUUGGCAUUUUUCGUUGGAUAUUAUUGCCGGAAAGUGGUCAGAUCAAGGGUUAACAUGUGAAGUUAACAGUGAAACUCAUUUAAACGUUAUUGAAAGGAUUAUCUGGGAGAAUUACCUACCCAAAAUCAAAUUGGAAGAAUUCUUUAUGAUCAGUGAUGAUAAAAUAGUUGAAGACCUGAGGAACUACCUUAUCCAGAUCGCUCAAUGCACCAUUUACCAUCAAAAAACUACAGCGGCAUCUUCUGAACCAAUCUUUAUUCAAGACACUAAAUUUAGACGAAAGAGGUCCAAAGUCGACGUGGUUUCAGCCAUGAAUACGGUUGCAUGGGACGUAACCCGCAGUGCAAUCACUAAAGAUCUUGUCGAAGAACGGGUGCAACUUUUAAGACCACUUGCGAUGCAGCUAAAUGAAAAAAUCAAAAAACGUGUAAAUGGUCAUUUAUGUGCUGCAAUCAACAACACAAUUGCACAAAUCAGGUACGAAAGAGUAGACCCAAAUGGUCCAAGAAAACGAUUCAUAUCCAGAACUGACCCUUUGGUCACACCAUAUUUCACAACUUAUGGGCCAGAGAGACAAUCGUUGGAAGAUGAGGAAAAGGCCAUGUUUGAUGACAAAAUGUGUUGUUUCUUCUUUGCCCACAAUGGAUGGGUCAUGGGAUGGGACCCUUUAAAGAAUUUUGCUGAUGCAGACUCAGAUGUCUACUUGAAAAGAGAACUGAUCGCUUGGGGCGAUUCUGUUAAACUACGAUAUGGUGGAAGUGUAAAAGAUAGUCCUUUUCUCUGGGGUCAUAUGAGAAAGUAUGUUGAAGAUUCAGCUGAAAUAUUUCAUGGUUUUCGUCUGGAUAAUUGCCAUUCAACACCUAUUCAUGUUGCAGAGUAUUUGUUGGAUGCUGCGAGAAAAAAGAAACCUAAUCUUUAUGUAAUAGCAGAACUUUUCACCUCAUCUGAAGAGGUUGAUAAUGUUUUCAUCAACCAUCUUGGUAUAAAUUCAUUGAUUAGGGAAUCAUUGGCUGCUCCUGACUCUCAUGAGUUGGGUCGAUUCAUUCAUCGAUAUGGUGGUGAACCUGUUGGAGCAUUCGAGAAACUCAAUCCAACACCUUUGUUGCCUUCGAUGUCGCAUGCAAUUUUAUUCGAUAUGACACAUGAUAACGAGUGCCCAAUUCAAAAACGUUCCGUCUUUGACUAUCUUGCUUCUUCAAGUUUGAUUGCAAUGUCUGCCUCAGCAAUCGGUUCCAAUCGAGGUUAUGAUGAAUUUAUUCCUCAUCAUAUCCAUGUUGUCGACGAAUGGCGUCCCUAUGCAUUCUGGACCGACUCCAGUGGUCAUGAACAUGUUUCAUCCUCAAGUGGAAUAAUUCUUGGCAAAAAAGUAAUAAACGAGUUGCACAAGAAACUUUCUGUUGAAGGUUACUCAGAAAUUUUUGUUGAUCAAGUAAAUUAUGACGUUGUUGCUAUCACCCGACACAAUCCAGUUAAUCACAAAUCAAUUAUUCUUGUUGCUCGAACAAGUUUCAGCAAACCUGAUAAACCAUGGGAUACAGGGUAUAUUCAACCACUACAAGUUGCUGGUUAUUUCAACAAAAUUCUGUUUGAAGCUAAAUUAGAAGGUGGCCAUGAAGAAUUUCACAAAAAUAGUCAUUAUUUAAAUGGCCUGAAAAACAUGAAAGCAGAUAUUAAACAAAAUAUCAGGCUCGCUGAAAGUGCCAUGGUCAAAAUUGAAUCAAAUGAUGGAAGCAACACCGUACAUUUCAAUCAAUUUCCUCCAGGCUCGGUGGUUUGUUUUGAUGUCUCUUUAGAGGCAAAACACAUCAAUGCUUUGAAUGAAUUGAAAAGCUUGGCUCAAUCUAAAGAAGAGCUCAUCUACCUGUUGCAAAAAUUGAGUCUGGAUGAUCUUAAUUUCGUCCUCUUUCGUAACAAUCAGGAAGAAUUUGAUGAGUUUCAUGGGGCUGUCUACAGCGUUCCUAAUUUUACUGAUCUUCGCUACUGUGGGCUCGCAGGUCUUAUGUUUUAUUGGAAAGACAUAAGAUCUAACAACGAUCUUGGCCAUCCUAUUUGCAACAAUCUUCGAGAGGGUCUGUGGUUGCCUGAUUACAUUGUCAAUCGUUUAAAUAAAAGGCAAUCAACCACUCCACUAUCUAAUUGGUUCCGCAAAGCUUUUGAUUUGUUGAAAGAUAUUCCCAAAUCCUUACGGCCACGUUACUUUGACACUAUUAUUACACCUGUCUACCUGUUGACAGUACAGAAAUGUUUCCAAUCAGUUGCUGAUACAAUUGUUGAUCCAACCACUUUCACGAAAUCACUUAUUUUUGGAAGUAUUGCUUUAAUAGGAUUCAACCAAACUUCACCUCUUCCACCUCUUUCAUCAGAUAUUUCUGAGCCCAAACCUCAAAUUGUUGUCCUCGGUGGUAUACCCCGACCUCAAGUUCCUACCAUUGCUGCAGGAUUACCUCACUUUGCUUCAGGCUAUAUGCGAAAUUGGGGCCGUGAUACUUUCAUCGCUUUUAGAGGUAUUCUUCUGAUCCCCGGUCGAUUCAACGAAGCUCGAUACAUUAUUUUAGGAUUUGCUGGAGCUCUUAGACAUGGAUUAAUACCAAAUUUACUCGAUAAAGCAACAAAUGCUCGUUAUAAUUGCAGAGAUGCAGUCUGGUGGUGGCUUCAAGCCAUUAAAGAUUAUUGUCAAUUCGUCCCUGGAGGUUAUGCUAUUUUUAAUGAACCCGUUAAUCGAAUUUUCCCUGAAGAUGAUUCAGUAGCUUUGUUAACUGAAAGCCAUAUCCAGCCUCUUCAUAAAGUAAUGCAAGAAGCACUUGAUAAACAUUUCGAAGGAAUUGAGUUCAGAGAACGAAAUGCCGGACAAAAUAUAGAUCAACACAUGACCUCUGAAGGCUUCAACAUAAAAGUAGGCAUCAAUAAAGAAACAGGUUUCGUUUAUGGUGGUAAUGAAUGGAACUGUGGAACUUGGAUGGAUAAAAUGGGUUCCUCUGAUAAAGCUGGAAAUCGUGGUAAACCAGCAACACCUCGAGAUGGUUCAGCUAUCGAGCUUGUCGGACUUUGUAAAUCCAUUGUUACCUGGCUGGAUGAAAUGUGGAGUCUUGGUAAAUAUCCACACGAUUGUGUUUCAUCUUCAGUUGUGAACUGGACUUGGAAAGAGUGGUCUGAAAAGAUUCAUGCCAAUUUUGAAAAUAAGUUUUGGAUUCCGCCAGAUUCAGUUGACCCAUUAGUUAAUCGUCGAGAAAUUUACAAAGAUUCAGUUGGAGCUACCCAUACCUGGCAAGAUUUUCAAUUGAGACCCAACUUUUUAAUUGCCAUGACAGUUGCACCAGAACUAUUUACAAGAUCUCGUGCUGUUAAAGCUCUAGAAAUGGCUGAAAAUAUUUUACUUGGUCCACUUGGAAUAAAGACCCUUGAUCCAAGUGAUUGGAAUUACAGAGGAGAUUAUUUCAACUCUGAUGAUUCCGAUGAUCCCAAAGUCGCUCAUGGUUUCAAUUACCAUCAAGGACCAGAAUGGCUUUGGCCAGUGGGAUACUUUUACCGCGCCUACUAUAAACACAACAAUGACAAAAGUGCCAUAGCAAAUAAAAUGCUGAAAAAUUUGUCCCAUCAUGCUGUUGCCAUCGAGAAAAGUCCGUGGUUUGGUCUUCCUGAAUUGACAAAUUCAGACGGAAAACACUGCCCUGAUAGUUGUGAAACUCAAGCCUGGACAAUAGGUACUCUGUUGGACUGUUUACAUGAUGCUCACUGCAUUUAGAUGCUGCUUAAUAUAUUAGAUAUUAAAUGCAAUUAUUACCUUAUUAUUAUUAUCUAUUAAGUAUUGAUUUUGUUUCAAUUAUAUUCUUUUAUCACAAUAAUGAACAUUUAUCUCUUUAA